AUGCCACCACCAACCUCAACCUGGGUGGACGCAGCCACGCGGGUGCUGCACGCGCGCCAGUCCACCGUCACAGUCACCCCGGCCGACAGCUCGGACAACUCGUCGUCGGGCACGAACCUCAGCGGCGGGGCGAUCGCGGGGAUCGUGAUUGGGUCCAUCGCGGGGUUCCUGCUGCUGCUGUGGAUCUUCAAGUCGUGCUCGAACAUGGGGGCGCCGCCGCAGGAGAAGCGGGAGCCGGCCUGGUACGACGACGUCGGCGCCGGCAGGAGCAGGCGGAGGGGCCGCUCGAGGCACAGCAGCCGGCGCGGGUCGUACUACGUGCAGGAGGCGCACGCGCCGCGCCGGUCGCGCAGCAGGGAGGUCCGGACGGUCCAGCCGGUCGUGUACACCAGCGAGCCGAGGCGGCCGAGCCGGGCGCACGAGAAGCACAGGAGGCGGUCCAGGAGCGAGGGGAGGGGCUACUACGUGUAA